ACGUCACACCACAAAUACAGAGGUAUUUCAGUACAAAAAAGUCGCAAAAAUCAAAUCUAAUGGAAUUAUAUAUAUUGUUUUAUACCGAAAACAUAAUUGAAAUUGGCAGAAAAACAUUAUUAUCCCCUAAAAUUUAUAUUCUGGGGCUACAGCUCCAUAGGCCCCGCAUUGAUUCUGGACUCCCUAAAGAGCGCCCCCUACAUAACCGGAAGUUUGGAGAGUGGGAGUUCGUCUCUGGUAUUGCUUUUAGCAGUGUUACGUUGGAGCUCGUUUGUUUCCGUUUCCACUGCUUUCCUUUUGCAAAAGUCAGGUAAUGUUGUCCCUUGUUGGUAGCCGUCCGUAUCGUUCUAACUGGUCUCCUUCUUAGAAAUGGCUGAAGCUCCACCACGGCCCUGCCGGUUUUUUUGUCACCGGUGUUCAGCAGAGAUCAGUCCGCGUUUACCGGACUACACAUGUCCACGCUGUGAAUCUGGCUUCAUUGAGGAACUACCAGAGGAAAGAAGUAGUGAAAAUGGGUCUGCAUCCACUUCCUCCACCAGUGAUCAUAAUCGCCCAGCCUUUGAGAACAUGGAUCACCAGCAUUUAUUCACAUUCCCCUCUGGGUAUGGUCCAUUCGCUCUUGGGAUUUUUGAUGAAAACUUUGACCUUCGAACACGGUUACCCUCAGAGGACAACCGAGAGACAGAAAACAGGAGAGAACGGGAAAUGGCAUCCCGGCAGCGGUACAGUGCGCGGCAGCCUCGGGGCCGACAUGUUCCUCGACGACAGGGUACGCGCCAUGAAGGAGUUCCCACAUUAGAGGGAAUUAUCCAGCAGCUAGUGAAUGGAAUCAUAGCACCUACAGCCAUGCCAAAUAUCGGGAUGGGACCAUGGGGUAUGCUACAUUCCAAUCCAAUGGACUAUGCCUGGGGCGCCAAUGGUCUUGAUGCAAUUAUUACACAGUUAUUGAACCAGUUUGAAAAUACGGGGCCCCCUCCUGCAGACAGAGAAAGGAUUAAGAGUUUACCCACCAUCUCGAUUACAGAGGAACAUGUGGGUGCUGGUUUAGAGUGUCCCGUGUGCAAAGAAGACUACACCAUUGAGGAGAGUGUUAGACAGCUGCCAUGCAAUCAUUUGUUUCACAAUGACUGCAUAGUUCCUUGGCUAGAACAGCACGAUACGUGUCCUGUGUGCAGGAAGAGUCUUAGUGGACAGAACACAGCCACAGACCCACCGGGGUUAUCAGGAAUGAACUUCUCUCCCUCCUCCUCAUCCUCUUCCUCUCCCACCUCACCCAGCAAUGAGAAUGCUGCCAGUAACUCAUAGAUUUUCAUUGUCAUUCCACCUCACGUCUGAAAACCUCACAAAAUACAUCAAACGAGACCCAACUGUCCAGGACCAGGACAGUCGUCUGUCUCAAUUCAAGAGAACGAUAUGAGUCGAGGUGAACUCUGAAUCUGUUGCAGACUGUUAGUCAUCAUUUUUCCUCCGGUGCUGAAAGGAUGCUGGGUCCAGCUCCUGCUGCUAUUGUUGCAGAGUAUUUGAGGAGAGGGAACUUGGCUGUGUUGAAGGAGGAUCUAGAAUAUAAUUAUAAGAUUGGGAUUGUAACCAGAACUGGAGCAGAGUUUGAGCCAGAGUGGACUGCUUUUUGAUGGAGACAUGUCUUUGCCACAUGGCUGGGACACAUUUUAUACUGAAAAUUCUUUUUUUAAAGAAAAAAAAAACAACCAAACAAACAAAAAAAACCCAAACAUUUCCUGUGGUGGUGCAGAGUACAUAAAUAUGUAGAUAGAGAAUUCAUUUUGAACUGUCAGCCACUGUACAGCUAAUCAAAUGAAAAACUUGUGCAAAGGAAACUGAGUGUAUGCAUCAGAUUUUUAUUUAUUUGCACCUUUUUUAUUUUGCACAAAAUUCUGUCCGAUGUUGAGAAUGUGAAUUUUGGUAAACUACUGGGGGAAAAAAAAGAUUUUUCACAUUUUUGCAUUGGAAAAAGUUGUUCAGGACUUAUCUUUUUUUCCUUUUUAUUAGAUUUUUUUUUAUUAGUGCUUGAUCCAGUGUACUUGGUGUAUCCUGACAAAGUUAAGAUCCAUGCAGCUCAACAGUGGACACAUUUUUAUUCCUUAAAUAAGAGAAAAAGAAAAAGAAAACACAGACAUACUUAUUUAUUAAACCCUUGCCCAAGACACAGACUGAGCAAUGUAAAAGCAAAACAGACACAGAAAAAGCAGGCAUGAAAUCAUCUUACCUCUAUGGAACUGACCAAAUGUGUUUCACAAAACAAGUGUUUAUUAUUUUAUUUACUGAUUUUUCGUACAGUCACAAUAAAGUGCUAAAACAAA